CUCCUCGCUUCUAAUAGCACACAAGUCCUACUCAUGUAACUAUAUAUAUAUAUAUAUAAAGCGGCAACAGUGAAGAGAAAAAUGAAGGUGAAAAAAAGAAAGGAGUAGGCAUUAUGAUGCUCUCUUUGGCCAUCGUAGGGUUUUGCACUUCGGUUCUAUUUUGUUACAUAAUUGCAUGGUUGAAAACUAAGAGGAUCAGAGAGGCUUUUAGGGAGCAAGGGAUCGAGGGGCCGCCGCCGUCGUUCGUCUCCGGUAAUCUACGGGAGAUGACAAGGAGGAGCCCGUGGCCGGCGACGGCGGCGACGGUGGCGAAGGGGCGAGGUUUUGUCGACUAUUCGCAAGCUCUCUUUCCUUAUUUCACUCAAUGGAGCAAAGAUUAUGGGCCAACAUAUUUAUACUGGAUGGAGAGGAGACCUGCAUUGUAUGUGACAGAUCCUGGUCUAAUUAAGGACAUAAGCUUGUGCGUAUCAUUGGAUCUGGGAAAGCCAAGGCACCAUCAGAAGGGGCAAGAGCCCUUGUUUGGUCAGGGUAUUUUAAAGUCAAAUGGACCGGUUUGGGUCCACCAGAGAAAGAAAAUUGCACCAGAGUUUUACAUGGAUAAAGUGAAAGUGCGUGUGUACUUACUCAUUUCUUUGCCUGAGAUACAGGGUGGUAAUGUGGGUCGUGCCGGGCCAACACAGCCCACAUUCACUCAUGGCCGGUCGGGACCGGAGGCGACCUGGCACGGCACGAAUCCUUAUCCACACCGUGCGGUGCCAUGUCUGGUCCCGACACGGUUCCUGGCCCAGGCCCGUUUAGGUUGGGCCUAG